UCAACCAUGAAAAAGCAUUUCUAUCUUCCUUCUUUUACUUCCAAGAACAAGAAUAGCAGCAGCGCCCCCGCCCCCCAAUGGUUGAAUUUUAUAUGCAAUUCAGGUGUCCAAAAUUCACUGAGAAUAUCUCUAGGCCAAGGCCAAAUUGAUGUUCGAACUAGAUUAGAGAGCAUCUCAUCUCAUGGCUUUAUUGAAGAAAAAAAUUGUCAAAGAAGCAAGGGAAAAAAAACAGAGAAAAAAAAAGAAAAAAGAAAAAAGAAGAAGGAUAGAACAGAGGAUGCCAUGCCAAUUGCCAAGCCACUCCCCUCACUAUAAAUAUAUCCCGCCCAGCUCCGUCUGACUCCGCACAAAACAAUUCCCUACACGACAGUGCACUUGUCGACAAAUCACGUGAAAGCCCAACAAGUACCAAGGAUCUGCAGGAAGAGUUAAUACAGUUAUUCGGGCAGCCAUGAACAUAGCUGUCUUGCCCCUUCUUGUGGUGGCAGCGGCACUUUCGGUGUCACUAACAGGAGGAGGGGCUGAGGCCAGAAAAGUGACGAAGUUGGAGUCUACAUCUGCAUCUACUGAUGUGGUAUAUAAUGCCAUCAGCUGCAGGGCUCACAGUGCUUCCGUGACCGACUUCGGAGCGGUUGGUGAUGGCCAGACCUCCAACACCAAGGCCUUCCAGGAUGCAGUCAAGCAGCUGAGCCGCUUUGCCUCGGACGGCGGGGUUCAGCUUUACGUCCCCGCUGGGAAAUGGUUGACCGGAAGCUUCAGCUUGACCAGCCACUUCACUCUCUAUCUCCACAGGGAUGCUGUUCUUCUUGCUUCCCAGGACAUGAACGAAUGGCCAGUGCUUAAACCACUGCCAUCUUAUGGAAGAGGAAGGGAUGCGGCUGCUGGAAGGUACCAGAGCCUCAUAUUUGGGACGAACCUCGCUGAUGUUGUUGUCACAGGGAACAAUGGUACGAUAGACGGCCAGGGAGCAUUCUGGUGGCAGAAAUUCCACGGUGGCAAGCUGAAGUAUACCCGGCCAUACCUCGUGGAGUUCAUGUACUCUGAUACCAUCCAAAUCUCAAACUUGACUCUCCUCAACUCUCCUUCUUGGAAUGUUCAUCCCGUUUACAGCAGCAAUGUGCUUGUGCAAGGCAUCACGAUCCUCGCCCCUGUCAAAUCUCCGAACACCGACGGGAUCAACCCAGACUCCUGCACAAAUGUCAAAAUCGAAGACUGUUACAUAGUUUCGGGAGACGACUGUGUGGCGGUCAAGAGUGGAUGGGAUGAGUAUGGGAUCUCAUACGGGAUGCCGACUCAACAGCUCAUAAUCCGACGCCUCACCUGCAUUUCUCCCUACAGUGCCACCAUCGCCCUGGGGAGCGAGAUGUCAGGAGGGAUCCGAGACGUUCGUGCCGAGGACAUAACUGCUAUAAACACCGAGUCAGGAAUCAGAAUCAAGACCGCUGUUGGGAGAGGAGCCUAUGUGAAGGACAUUUACGUGAAAAGAAUGGUCAUGCACACGAUGAAAUGGGCGUUUAAGAUGGAUGGGGAUUAUAAAUCCCAUCCCGAUAGUCACUACGAUCCAAAUGCAUUGCCGGUAAUUCAGAACAUCAAUUACAGAGACAUGGUGGCCGAGAACGUGUCGGUAGCAGCGAGAUUUAAUGGGAUUUCUGGUGACCCGUUUAGUGGAAUCUGCAUAGCGAACGUGACGCUGGGGAUGGCAGCAAAGUCGAAGAAGUACCCUUGGACAUGCACAGACGUUCAGGGGAUGACGAGCGGGGUGAGCCCUCGGCCGUGCGAAGCACUGCCUGACCAGGGGCCUGAGAAGAUCAAUGCGUGUGAUUUCCCUGAGGAGAGCCUGCCAAUCGAUGAGCUGGAGGUGAAGCAGUGUACUUAUAGAAUGGAUUAAAUUAAGAUUAUGAUGAUGAGGUCUUCUGUAUGUACCAUGAAAUGCAUAUAUAUAUAUAUAUAUCCAGUUUUUAUGAGGAAGAUGGACUUGGGGAAAAGCUGAUCCCUCAUCAAUGGAUUUCUACUAGGUCUAAAGGCUAAGUGGGUGGGUGUGUCAGUCAGCAAUUGCCCACCAUACCUCCCAUCACACAAACAAAGCAUUGACGAUUGAGGCCCAAAUUCUUCGGAUCACACGCCCUUUCCUGAACCAACACUAUCCUAUGGAACGGAAAGGAAACUCUCCCUAAAAUCUAUCUAUGCAAGUAAACCAAGGGUUGGAAAUGACACCUGUUGACAACUCAAUAUUUUGCACAAUGGGCUGGGUCAAGAGAUCCAAUAUUUAGGGCCCGAGCCUAAGAACGAGGAGCCCAAAAUCCAAAGCAAAAGCUCGGAACGUGGAGAAAAUCAUUGGGCCGGCAAGGAGGAAUCAGAAACUAAGAUCGCGCAUUGACUGGGAUAGGAUAGAGGCGGGCGAAGAUCAGGCGAGAACAAAUGGGGCUUGAUCAAUGGCCAAUGAAGAAGGGAGGAAGGAAGGAAGGAAGGUCACUUUGAUUAUGGCUGAUACCAGCUCCAUGAUCGUAGCCAGAAUUACAUCUUAGGCUUUAAAAUGAUAAUGAAUUGUAUUUUUAUUGCGUUUCGUUUAUUUUAAGAAAGUGGCUCAAGUAUCUGGCUCUUUUCUCUGAUAGGCAAAUCUAUAUAUUAUUGUACGUUUGUAAAAA